AUGGAUGCGUCAUGUUUUGCACGAGGUGGAGGCUCUUCAGAAUAUUCUUGGCGAAUGCAAAAGCGGCUUUUUCUCGGUGGCAUGGGCGGUAUCGGCAAGACCCAGCUUGCCAUUUCUCUCACAAAGAAUUUUCGUGGAUUUCAUAGCUCUGUGUUUUGGCUGAACAGCAACAUCGGAGGCUACACUGAAAGGCAGUUUUCGAUCUUAGGGUUCUAA